AUGACAUUUGAAUUAGGAAUACCGUCAAUUUUGGAAGCCUUACUGCGAGUAUCUCCAGACUUGCUUAGGGCCCAUCGUAUGGAUGUAAUUUCUACUCUCGAGACAAUUGUAGAACGAGUUGGAGUAACAGUUAUUCGAAACUCUUCCUGUGCACCAUCUCAGCAGGUGCACACUACUACUCCCUUUCGUCGCUCCUCUCAUACUCCUGUCAACAACGAAUUGCUUCAGAAAACCGCUGGCACUUCAGAGACAUAUGAAGACAGAUCAUUUCAGCACUACACUACUCCAUCCCCCACUUCUCGAGAUGAGAAUUCUUGUCCCGAAGAUGCGACGCAACUUACGACGGACGAUGUACUUUCAGAGACUUAUUCUUCCAACUCCAAUUCCCCCCCUUCGUUUCGGUCUCAGCGGUUCUUGCAAAAGGUACAAGAAAAACUCAACAACAUUUCCCAAUUCUCGAAAAACAGUUCACAAAACAUAGUUAAAGGCUUCUUUGAGCAUCUACGGAGUGAGGACUCUCGCCUUGGCCAUAUUAAAAGCAUUACCGGAAAGCACAAUCCAAAGCCUGGGGAAAGAUUCAUUCAAUGCCUUGCCCAGCGAUCCCUAGCACUUGAUUUCUAUCAAUGGGAAAACAGUGUGCAAGGAGCAGGAAACACAAGGCUAGAUGAUGUGUCCAGUAUACUGUCAUCAGUCAACAAUAAAAAUGGAAACUUUAAACUUUACGUGGAACGUGUGGCCCGGUUCAACGACACCGAAUCAGCUUACCAGGCACUCAGGCGAGGAACUAAACAACUGGUGGUUGAGAAGAUGUGUCAGACCUCUGGAAUGGGGGUAGCGAUACCAUUUGCUUAUGGGUCCUUCGACGCUCUGACCUACAAGGACAUUUAUGACUUUUCUUCACUUCUCAAAGAUCAAUUAAACAUACUUCACACCCUCCAAAAUGCUUCGAGUUGGGUUGAGGCGGGCCAAUCAGCAUACAAUGAACACUGGCAAAAUGAACGACGUUGGCCUCCAUCGUCCUCCUACGCAGCCAAACGCCGCCGUUUGGUUUCACAACCCCGUGUCUUUAGAGCAAUCAGGCCACGAUCCUCUGGAGGAACCGCCGCCAGAGAACUCAAUGGUAUGCAGAAUAACUCAUCAGCACCUUAUGUUCCACCCCUCGAAAGGAAUCUCCGUCAAGACCAAACAGAAGAUUCCCCGAAUUCGAGCCAGCCACCUUCCUGGAUAACCUCUACUUCCGCGCGUCAUGAUGAUGCCCAAUCUCUUCCUAAAGGUCACAUUUCGACCAACGAUCCGGCCCAACACACGUCAGUCAACCAAAGCGUAUUACCAACAAGCUCAAUAUCUGAAUCCGUUGACAUUUCGCCGUAUUAUAGCGGUCGUGGUGGCUCGGGUGCUCCCGAGUGUCACAAUGAUUCUGUUUCAAAGCAAGUGCGAAAUGGUCGGGAGCCAAGUCGCAUCAGGGAGCUCCCAUUCGACGAGAGAGACGCUGCCCGAAUGCUGCAACAAUUUCAACAACGGAUGCCACGGCUACAACCACAGCGUGAUCCUGUUCCUAGGUGUUCUUCUGAGCAAGGCGGUACUAGUGUCACUGAGCCCAUCAAUAACAACCCUGAUUCUUGUGUUGACCUCGCCCCUAUCGUCAACGAAAAUCAUGAACGUCAGUUCCCUUGUAUAGCCAGUGGAAGAAUAUCUGGAGAGCCUAUUAAUUCCCGGAAUCGUAUACCUCAGGGCCAAUCAUUACAUGCAAGUCCUACCCCAGAAUCCCAAUCGUCAGUCGAGCCAUGGGCAAGUGUGUUAUUUGACCAGAGCAUGUUUCAUGACCUCGGCACACAGCAUCCAAUAUCUGAACAGCCGACAGUCGAGCCAUGGCCGAGUGUGUUAUUUGACCAGAGCAUGCUUCAUGACCUCGGCACACAGCAUCCAAUAUCUGAGCAGCCGACAGUCGAGCCAUGGCCGAGUGUGUUAUUUGACCAGAGCAUGUUUCAUGACCUCGGCACACAGCAUCCAAUAUCUGGGCAAUCAACAGUCGAGCAAUCGCCGAGGAGUGUGGGUUAUGACAAUCAUUCCCUGGUGCUUCCAGAUACUAGUCCAGCUGAUGGCAUGAACUUCCGUCAGUCACAACUGUUUCCAACUUCUGACAGUUCAAAUACAUGA